AUGGUGAAACGAAAGAAGCAUGACAAGGACAAGUACUACAACCUGGCAAGGCAGCAGGGCUACCGCGCUCGGUCGGCCUUCAAGCUCAUCCAGUUGAACAAGAAAUAUGAUUUCCUGUCCACGGCCAAGGUGUGCAUCGAUCUGUGUGCUGCCCCCGGUGGCUGGUGCCAAGUCGCAGCCAAGUACAUGCCCGCAUCCAGUAUCAUUUUGGGUAUCGAUCUACUGCCCAUUCGCCCUAUUCGUGGCGUCAAGACCUUCCAGUGUGAUAUCACGACAGUCCGAUGUCGCCAGAUCAUCAAGCAGGAGAUGCAGAGCUGGCAAGCCGACGUGGUGCUGUGUGAUGGUGCCCCCAAUGUUGGUACUGAGUACUCCAAGGACGCUUACGUGCAGAACGAGCUGGCUUUGAUCGCAUUGAAACUGGCAGUAGACGUCAUGGGUCGCGGAGGUACCUUCGUGUCCAAGGUCUUCCGUUCGCAGGACUACAAUGCGCUGCUAUGGGUCUUCAAGCAGUUGUUCAAGAAGGUGAGCGCUACCAAGCCUCUGUCCUCACGUAACGAGUCCGCCGAGAUCUUUGUGGUGUGUGAGCAGUUCCUGGCUCCUCACUCGAUUGACCCCAAGCUGUUCGACCCCAAAUACGUCUUCGAUCAAGUCGACUCGCAGGAGAAGACGAUCACUAUCUUCCACCCCAAGUUCGGCGACCGCAAGCGCCACCGUGAAGGUUACGACGAGGCAUUGGGCGUGACUUUGACCAACGAGUGCAGUGUGACACAAUUCAUCGAUGCGCACGACCCGAUCCGACUACUGACCGACACAACACGCGUUAAGUUCCUACCAGAGGAUGAUGUGUACCGUGACCACAAGGACACUUCCAUCGAAAUCGUGACCUGCCUCAGUGAUCUCAAGGUGCUUGGCAAGUCUGACUUUAAAAGCCUUCUCAAGUGGCGAACUCGAAUGCUGAAGUACAAGGAGGAGCUUCUCAAGGCUAAGAAACCGGAGGAGGAGAAAGAAGAAGAAGAGAAGCCUGAGAAGGAGCCCGAGCGCGAGCUGACCGAGAAGGAGAAAGAUGCCCUUGUCCGUGAAGAGCUGUCUCAACUGCGUGCCAACGUUCAGGCCAAGAAGAAGCGAGAAAAGAAAAAGGAACGUGAACGCAAACAGAAGCUUCGUAUCCGUGCUGCACUUGGUAUGAACGCUGACGGCAUCGACGUUACUGAGGCCGAGUCUGCUUUCAGCUUGAAGGAGCUGAAAUUGUCUAAAAGCAAAGUGGAUGAACUCGAGAACGCUGGAGCUGAUUCGUCUUCUGAUGAGGAACUUCAGUUCGAGACGUCAGACGAAGAAGACGAAGAUGCUGGUCUUGAGGACAGUGACGCAGAGUAUGACGAGUUGCUGGAAGCUUCGAUGGAGAAGGCGUACGAGCAGUUCCUGACGCGUCGUGGUGAUGACGUAAAGACCCGCAAGGCUGUGAAGCGCACUAAGGUCGCUAAGCGAGCUUUAGCUGGUGAGGCUUUGGUGCAAGACAGUGAGAUGUUCGACGGAGACAUGAAACAGUACCAGAAGAUGAUUAACCCCGACGAGAGUUCAGAUGAGAGUGACGACGACGAGGAUGACUUGAACGUGUCUCUUAAGGUUCCUGAGAAGUCGAGCGCUGCGGUAAAUCGCUGGUUCUCGGACAACAAGCUCUUCGAUGGCAUCGACGACAAAGAAGAGCUAAGUCUGCCUGAGAUGCCCAAGACGGAUAAGGAGAUUCGUCACACCAAACGUAAAGCGGCAAUAGAGCGAAAGGAACGCCGUGAGAAGAAGAAGCUCAAGAAGGAGGAGAAGGAAUACGAGCUCGAGUUUGGCACGGAGUUUGACGUUGCUGCCCCUGCCAACUCUGACGACGAAGCUGCUAUGGCUGCCGAGGCGCAAGAAGAGAGCGACGACGAAGCUACGGCGGAAAAGAAGGCUCUGAUUCGUUCUGGCAUGGGUGCUGCGCUCAAGACCGACAAGGACUCAGACAAGUUCGAGGUCGUCGCUGCCGGUGAGGAACCGGAUGAAAACGCUUUGCCCAUAAUGGACGACCGCAAGUACGACUCGGAUCACGAGGAGUACGACGCUGAAGACCGUGCCAAGACGCUUGCUCUUGCUAGCAUGAUGAUCCACAAGUCGAAGGCUAAGGAUAUGAUCGAUGCCAGCUACAAUCGUUACGCCUGGAACGACUCCGAGGCUCUGCCUGACUGGUUUGCCGAUGACGAGGAUAAACACUACCGUCCCCAGAUUCCGAUCCCGAAGAAUGUUUUGGCCCAGAUGAAGGAGCGCUUCAUGGAGAUGGCUACCAAGCCGGUGAAGAAGGUCGCCGAAGCUCGUGGCCGUAAGCAGCGCAUGCAGCUGAAGAAGCUGAAGGCUGCAAAGAAGAAGGCGACGGACAUUGCCAACCUGCCCGACAUGUCGACACGCGAGAAGCUAAAGGCCAUCGACCGUGCUAUGAAGGGAGCUCGCCUCAAGAAGGAAAGCAAGGUGUACGUCGUAUCCAAUCGCGGCGGAAGCAGGACUGCUGAUGGCAAGAAGAUCGGCAAGGGUAAGAAGGUGAAGAUCGUCGACCCGCGUAUGAAGAGCGACAAGCGCAAUGCCGAGAUCCGUGCCAAGCGUGGCAAGAAGCGGAAAAGAUAA